AUGAUGAGUCUGCCGACGCUGACAGCGCCGACGUUUGAGCAGCAUGCAAGUGGCUUCGGCAUUGGGGUGGCAUCCCCACGGCUGUCGUGGCGCUUUGUCGUCCAAGACGACACGCCGCAGGGGUGGGAGCAGACGGGCUACGAGCUCGAGGUAGUGCGGUCAACAGCAGCAGCAAACGAGGUGGAGACGUACCAGGUUCAAGACAGCAGCACGUCGGUUCUCGUGCCGUGGCCCAGCACGCCGCUGCGGUCGAGGGAGCAGGCCCGGGUGCGGGUACGGGUGACCGGAGGAGGAGCAGGCGGCACGGUGCUUUCGAAGGGGCCGACGGACUGGUCGCCAUGGGCGGUGGUCGAGGCCGGAUUUCUGGACAAGGCAGAGUGGACGGGACGGCCGAUCACGAGCUCGACACGACUGGAGGCGGACGCUGACGUCAAGGGUCCGCUGCGUCCAAUCCGAUUCCGGCGGACAUUUGUUGCACCUGCAGCAGCGAUUGUGAAGGAGCGAGCACGACUGUACAUUACGAGUUUGGGCGUGUACAAGGCCUACAUCAAUGGACAGGCGGUGGGCGACCACGAGAUGGCACCGGGCUGGACCAGCUAUGCGCACCGGCUCAACUACCAGGUGUUUGACGUGGCGGCACUUCUGCGGCCGGGACAGGACAACGUGGUGGCGGUCGAGGUGGCCGAGGGCUGGUAUGCUGGCCGUCUGGGCUUCCACGGUGGUCGGCGAUACAUUUAUGGCGACGAGAUAGGCGUACUGGCCCAGCUGGAAGUCGGCAGUGCUGACGGGCUGACGAUCGUGACAGACAGCUCGUGGCAAUGUCAGGCAAGCGCGCUGAUUCGCAGCGAGAUAUACGACGGCGAGGAGUACGAUGUGGGUGCCGAGACGGAGUGGGACGAGCCGACUGCCAGCAGCAGUGGCUGGCUGCCGGUGAAGGAGCUGGCUAUGCCAAAGGCACAGUUGGUGGCGGCCGAUGCUCCACCGGUGCGGGUGGUCGAGGAGGUGAAGCCGGUGGCGGUGAUGACGACGCCGUCGGGUAAGACGGUGAUCGACUUUGGACAGAACCUGGUAGGCCGGCUGCGGGUGCGCGGACUGAAUGGGCCACGCGGUCAGAGGGUGACGUUUGCGCACGCGGAGGUGCUCGAGAAUGGCGAGCUGGGCGUGCGGCCGCUACGGGUGGCCAAGUGCAGGGACACGGUGGUACUCGCGGGCGAGCGAUUGGCCAAAUGGACGCCACGCUUCACCUUCCACGGGUUCCGGUACGUUCAGGUGGACGGCUGGCAGGUGCCGGAGGGAGACGAAGGGUUGGACAUGAUAAGGGCGCAGGUGAUGCACACGGAUCUUCAACGGACGGGCCACUUCAGCUGUUCGCACGCGCUGGUCAACCGGCUUCACGAGAACGCGUGGUGGAGCAUGCGAGGCAACUUCCUGUCGAUCCCGACGGACUGUCCGCAGCGCGACGAGCGACUCGGCUGGACAGGCGACAUCCAGGUGUUUGCGCCGUCAGCCAGCUUUCUGUGCAACACAGCCGGGAUGCUGGGCGACUGGCUGCGUGACCUGAUGGCCGAGCAGCUGGACGAGCCGGACACGGACGGAGUACCGCCGCUGGUGGUGCCGAACGUGAUCCAGGGCAUCUUUCCGGCGCUUCCACAGGCGAUCUGGGACGACGUGGCAGUGCUGACACCGUGGGUUUUAUACCGCUACUCGGGCGACACGGCCGUUCUGCAGCGCCAGUACCCGAGCAUGUUGGCCUGGCUGGACCGCGGCGUGCGGCGUGGGCCUGACAGACUCUGGGACCCGGACCUGUGGCAGCUCGGCGACUGGCUAGACCCGACAGCACCGCCAGACAACCCAGCCGACGCGCGGACAAGCAGCACUCUGGUGGCAGAUGCGUAUCUAGUGCACGUGACCUCGGUGAUGGCGGACAUUGCGGCAGUGGUGGGUGGCAGCGAGCAGGACGCGGAUGCGCAGCGGUUCUGGUCGGACGCGGCAGAUUUGCGGGCGACGUGGCAGCACAAGUACGUGACGCCGGCGGGUCUGGUAGUCGGAGACACGCAGACGGCACUGGCUCUGGCGCUGGUGUUUGAGCUGCUGCCGACGACGGCACAGGCAGCGAUGGCGGGCUCUCGGCUGGCGCGGCUGGUGCGACAGGCAGGCUUCCGGGUAGCGACAGGAUUUGCGGGAACGCCGGUGGUGACAGAGGCACUGACGCGGGCAGGCCAUCAUCAGCUGGCAUACCGGAUGCUGCAGGAGGGUGAGAGGCCGUCGUGGCUGUACCCAGUGCGGAUGGGUGCGACGACCGUCUGGGAGCGGUGGGACAGCAUGCUGCCGGACGGCUCGAUCAACCCGGGCGAGAUGACCAGCUUCAACCACUACGCGCUCGGUUCUGUCGUCCAGUGGCUGCACGAGACUGUCGCCGGGUUGCGGCCGCUGGCCCCAGGCUGGAAGACGUUCCGCGUCGCUCCGCUGCCAGGCGGCACUAUCAACACAGCCACGGCUUCCUUCGAAUCCGUCUACGGCCGCAUCGAGGUCCGCUGGACCAUCCAAGACGACCGCUUCUGCCUCGACCUGCUCGUGCCGGUCAACAGCCGCGCCCAGGUGGUGCUGCCGGGUGGCGACCCGGACAAUGGCAUCUGGCUCGGGUCUGGACGCUACCAUCUGACCGACCACUGGGACAACACGAAGGACUGGCCACCGACUUCACUGGUCUUUCCACCCAUAGCCGACGGGAAGGAUACGUUUGUGUGA